UCAUUGUUGCAGCAGCAGCUCUGGUACUUAAUAUAUACCCAAUACAAUCAGUGAUUAGAAAUUUGCCCAAGGACUAGACAAGGACCAGAACAUUGAUCAUGCUUAUGAUUUCAUGUCAGAAGCAGCGGAGAUCCCCCUCUCCAACUUCAUCCUCUCAUCUUUCUCUACCUACAAUGAAACCAAUCGUCACUCUUCUCUACCUCUCCUUGUUUCUCCACAUCCUCACUCUCUUCGUCGCCGGUCAGUCGCCACCAUACACUCCGGUCGACAAUAUCACCCUGGCCUGCGGCAAUUCCGGCCUACAGCACUCUGUGGACCUCAGAUCUUGGAGAGGAGAUAAGGACUCUAAAUUCACCCCAACAGGUAACGCAUCCGAAUGCAUAGAUGCACCGCCGUCGUCCACCGCCAGCGACGUUCCUUACAACAAAGCUCGGCUCUCUCGCUCCAAAUUCACUUACACAAUUCCCCUCUCUCCCGGCCAAAAGUUCAUCCGCUUGCAUUUCAAUCCAGAUACAUACAACCCGAACUUCCAACGCUCCAACUCCCUCUUCUCCGUCACCGCCGCCGGCUUCACUCUCCUCAAAGACUUCAACGCCUCCGUCACCGCCGACGCUUCCGGCGAGUCCCCGCUGGUCAGAGAAUUCUGUGUAAACAUCGAGACAGGACAGAGACUCGAGAUCACCUUCACACCAAGCAAAGAUGCGUACGCUUUCAUCAACGGAAUCGAAAUCGUGUCCAUGCCCACCGGUCUUUACUAUACUACUUCAGCUCAUCUCAUCGACACCAGUGAUAGCUCAUAUCAGAUCGGAAACAACACAGCUCUGGAGAUGGUGUACCGAAUCAACGUCGGCGGAGGCCCCAUCUCGCCGUAUGCAGACACCGGAAUGUACCGGACUUGGGAAACUGCCGAUGAAACUUAUUUGGAUGAUAUAAGUAAAAAACUCAGCGUGCUACCAGUGAACAAUACAAUCGAGCUCAACUUCGUCAAAAUUCCAGAAUACUCUGCCCCAAAACCAGUUUACAGAACAGGUCGGUCAAUGGGGAUGAACAAAACCAUGAACAAGAGCUAUAACCUCACAUGGGUAUUUCCCUUAGAUCCCAAGUUUUAUUACCUGGUGAGACUCCAUUUCUGUGAGUUUGAAUCUAAUAUUACCAAGUAUGGCGAUCGGUCGUUUCAAAUCUACAUGGCCAAUAAAACUGCACAAGCACUUGCAGAUGUCAUUGGAUGGAGUGGAGCAAAUGGGAAUCCAGUUUACAGAGACUACGUUGUGGGCAUGUUCAUGUCUCCGGUUGGAAGCCAGAAGAAAGUUAACUUCUUUCUAGGACUUGCAGCGCUACAGGGAGAUUGGUAUACUAUUUACAACGAUGCCAUCUUGAACGGGUUGGAAAUCUUCAAGCUCAGUGACUCAAAUGGGAGUCUUGCCAGACCCAACCCCGAUUCACCUCCACCAAAGCUGGCGCAGCAAAUCCCCAAAAGUUCAACCGCAAGUAAAUCACAUACUUCUUUGCUGCCCAUCAUAGUUUGUGUACUCUCCGGAGUCCUACUUCUUCUCUCUGUUCUUGGAAUUUUUGAUUUCAGGCGAGGAAGGAAAGUUGAGGAGUCUAGUUCCAGCCAGGGAACGUUGACUUUACCGUCCCAUUUGUGUCAUUACUUUUCACUACCGGAGAUGAAAGCCGCCACUCAAAACUUCAACGAUUCUCGCAUUAUUGGAGUUGGAGGGUUUGGCCAUGUGUACGAAGGAUUUCUUGAGGAUGGGGCUACCCAUGUUGCAAUCAAACGGUUGAAAGCCAUGUCAUCACAAGGGGCCAGCGAGUUUAGGACGGAAAUCGAGAUGCUCUCUCGACUUCGUCACCGCCAUGUAGUGUCUCUUAUUGGAUACUGUGCCGAUGAAGGUGAGAUGAUCUUGGUGUAUGAUUACAUGGCACGUGGGACUCUUGGUGACCAUCUCUACCACACUGAUAAUCCACCUCUUUUGUGGGAACAACGGCUUCAUAUUUGUAUUGGUGCGGCGCAAGGUUUGCACUAUCUACAUACAGGUACUAAGGGCACCAUCAUUCACCGUGAUGUGAAGAGCACAAACAUACUAUUGGAUGAGAAUUGGGUAGCCAAAGUUUCAGAUUUUGGGUUGUCGAAGAAUGGCAUGAUCACCCUUUCCAAGACCCACAUUAGCACAAAGGUGAAGGGUAGUUUCGGAUAUCUUGACCCUGAAUACUAUCGAAGUCAACACUUGACUGAGAAGUCUGAUGUGUACUCAUUUGGCGUGAUUUUGUGCGAGGUAUUGUCUGGAAGGCCAGCGGUGACAACCGUGGACAAUGAUCGAGUCGACCUGGCUGGAUGGGCCAAGAAGUGUCAUGGUAAUGGGAAACUAGAUCAAAUUAUUGACCCAAAUUUGAAAGGUAAAAUUGCAGUGAGAUGCUUGCAUAAAUUUGUUUCCAUCGCAAUGCGUUGCAUGGAUGAUAAUCGGAUCAAUCGGCCGUCAAUGAACGAUGUUGUGAGAGAGCUUCAAUUUGCAUUGAAGAUGCAACAAAACAACGAGGACUAUACUGAUCGCAUUGAAAUGACAGUUCAAGAUAGGAUUGUAUUGAUCAAGGACAAUGAAGGGUCUUGUUCUAGUGAGCAAAGUAGUGGGGCAAACGAAUCCAUCCAAGGGUUGACUGGCACAAUCUUCUCCGAGAUCAUCGAUCCGGUUGGGAGAUAAUCAAUGAGCAACAUGGUUAACAAGAUGAAAGCAAUCCUUGUACAACUUCUUUUUUUCUUUUGAGAAUGUGGAAUAUGUAUGAUGUAAACUUGAGAACACAAGGAUAAA